AUGCAACCAUCUCAUGACCACACUUCCAACUUAACCCACACCACCCAGGCGACAGACCAUCAUCAUGAUCCUGGUCUCACUGGCGAAGCUGGCCUAAACUUACAGAACAAUCCGACUCAUCCUCAUGAUAAUGUAACCGUUCACCCCGAGGGUAACAUAAACAAGGCAGAGAAAACUGAAACUCAAGUGCCCUUCAAAGCAAAGGUGGAAGGAUACGCCAAGAAGUUUGCCGGGAAGACUUUCGGAAAGGAGCACGAAGUGGCUGCUGGUGAGGCUCGACUCAGAGGAGAAGAUCAACCAAAGCACUGA